UUUUGGUGCCUCGUGGGUUUGUUUCUUGCGCAUGGAACACACCUUGGCGUCCUGAUGGGUGCUGAUGGACUCGAUGGACCCGAUGGACCCAAUCUUCCGUGUGCCGCUGAGCUUUCACAACUUUGUGGUGCUUGCGGUGACGCUGCCAGUUAUCCUCUGGAUUGCCAAAGUUGCAUAUCAGCUGGCCAUGGUCGUCCUCAUCCACCACCGACUGCACCUGAGCAGACCCAUCUGUCUGGCUAAAAUGAGCAUCCACGCUCAAGAAUUUCAAUGGCUGAUCCGACAGCACUUCAAUCAGAUCCUGCGGAUGCGCCGGAGCGUUCCGGCCAAGCAGGUGCCGCAGCUGGAGGUGCUGGUUCAUUUACACCCAGAAAGUCUGCGCCUGGUGUCGUCAGAGGAAGAGGUGACUCUGGAGUUUACCUUCGACUCUUCCGCGCCCUGCUGCAUCAGCGUCUACUGGGGCCUGUCGCCUGCAGCCUGGGACAAGUUGGUCAGGGACAUGGACCAGCAGCGGAACCGCGCCAUGAGGAGCACGUCCUCCAGAAUGGAGCCUGCAGGAGGAGUGCUGGAGCUGGGCUACCAGCCCCCCUUCACGACCGCGAAUGCGGGCUUCCUCUUCACGGAGCAGGAGUGCGCGCAGCGGUCUUCCCUCUACUCCCAGCCAGCGGGCUGUAUGCAGCGCUUUAGCAUCCCCGCCCAGGAUCGGAGCGGGAGCCACGCGGUGGUCAUCAGCACUGGAGAGCCGAGGGACCCGGCAGAGGUGACCUUUCUGCGCUGCAAAGAGGGGAGCGUGGAGGUGCUGCAGCAGACGGUGGCGGGCACUGGGCUGGGGCAUCGGAUUCAGGGGGUCUUCGGCUUUGAGGACGAAGACGCGGGCGAGGCUGACUGCAUGGUAUGCUACGAGCGGCUGAGGAGUGUCAUCAUCUUGCCAUGCCGGCACUGCUCGGUUUGCUCCGCCUGCUUGAGGUCUCUCAGGGACGAGCGCUGCCCCAUGUGCCGAUCAUCGUUCUCAGCUUACCUCUUGCUCCCCUUGUUGCGCACCGAGCCCGCGUCCUGAGCGCUCGGCUUGGCAAGUUGGUAUCGAUUCCUUCCGGCGCCUGAAGCGGUGCCUAGUCUCACCGUAGGCCAGAGCCUGGGUUCGAAGC